AUGCAGGAAGCGUUGAAAAGGAAACUGAAAGCAAGGAUGGAGUAUGCAAAGUUUCUGCUAGAUCCUGCAAAAGAAUUGGCAAAGGAAGUCAAAGCAUUAUGCAGUGGAGAAACUAAACAGACCGCUGAAGAUCUGGACGAAUUUUUAAACAAGGAUGUCACCAAUGUUGGAGAUGAAGGUGGUUUUGCUCCUAACAUUCAGGAGAACAAGGAGGGCCUUGAACUCUUGAAGACUGCAAUUGAAAAGGCUGGAUACACCGGCAAAGUUGUCAUUGGAAUGGAUGUUGCUGCUUCAGAGUUCUACAAUGACAAGGACAAAACCUAUGACCUCAACUUCAAGGAAGAGAUAUCUGGAGAUAGCCUGAAGAAUGUAUACAAGUCAUUUGUGAGUGAGUACCCCAUUGGCUUGAUUAAGGAUCCAGUUGAACAAGAUGACUGGAUGCACUAUGCUAAGAUGACUGAGGAGGAGAGUCUUGAUUAUGACUUUCUAGUCAAUAACCAAAUGGAUCAUGUGCUCAAAGCAUCCAGCCAAGCUAAACCGGAAAUGACACCAUACAAAAGGAAAGUGUUCCAAAAUGGCCGAACUUUCUCUUCAAUUGGACCGGAACCGGAGCCGGAAGUUCCGGUUGUUAAACAAUUGAUGUAA